GAGUCCUCCUCCUCCUCUGAAAUUCCUCCAGCCCGUCUUCACCGCUCCCGGUCUUGCUCGCUGUCUCGCAGUCCGUUCACCGCAGGAAUUGACAAAAAUUUUGGGGAGUGGCCACCAGCAAUCCGCCGGAGCAAGUCAGCACUUCACUGUUCGGCGAAUUGGCGUACUCGCAAGACUAAAUUCAAUCAUCGAGGCAGUUCAGUAUGCGUAUCAAGCUGCAAAGCUUCCCUCCUCUCCCAGUUUGUCGGGCAUGGUUCAGCGUCCACUCCGCGACCACUGUAGAAGAACUCAAGUCGGUCCUAUGCAAAGAGCUUCCGGCGCUGCGCGAUGGCGACCUCGAACCGCGAGACAUAGACCUAGUCCUCGAUGAUUUUGAGCUACUAGACAUCAGUCCGGUUGAUGUCGUGAGGGAUGGCGACCUUAUUCUCAUCAAGCAGCGACUCUUAAUUACCAGGGGGAAGCGCAAAGCCGUGGACGUUGGAAGGCCUGUGCGAAAGCGCGUGAAGCGGUCGGAUGAUACAAAACAAUCAGCACCAGCCAAGAAGACGUCGGCGCAGGAGGUCAAGCAACGCAAGGGCGCAGAGCGUGCAGCCCUUCUCCAUGCUACAAAACCGGACCCAUUGAGCAGCUCUUCAGACUCAAGCUCUGACUCCGCCAGCAGCUCUAGCUCAGAGUCGUCAGACUCGGAUACAGAAUCAAGUAGCUCUGAAUCUUCAUCAGAGGGCGAAAGCUCGUCCUCCGAUUCUGACACGUCUCAAUCGUCAUCGGACUCUGCGCCAUCCAUUGCGCCCACACGACCAAAUGGCAAGCUCAUAGGAGGCCCGCCACGAGCCAAACCUACUCAGGGCAAGGCGCCUGCUGCAACAGAGAACUUUGUGCCUCCUGGCCUCGGCAAACCUGCUACUCAGAGCCGCAAUGUCCGUCGGCGGCGCAAGAGGAUGUUCGAGCGCCUAGAAGCCACCACUGAGCCCGCAAGCGUGAACGAGAUCCCGCUAGGCACGCGGGCAGAGACCGUCGCACCAGUCCCGUCGCCUGCUCCUGUCGCAGCACCCUCCGUCCAUGACAUGCGAGCUUCUGCAGCGCAGGACGGCAGGCCCCCUGUCUUCAUGAUGUCGACGCUUCAGAACAAGAACAAGAAGAAGGGCUUCAAGAAGAUGAUGAACUCGAACAUCGCAGCGAAGAUCGUCUUCUCGUCAGCUGCGGAAGAGGCGGCUGUGGAGCAGACGCUGCAGGAGGCGAUACCCUUCACGAACACUGGGGAUCGGGAGGUGCUCGCAACGUUCUCGCGACUGGUCCCGCCGUCGGAGAAACAAGAGAAGGGUCUGCUACCGCCGAAUAUGUUCGUGACGAGUGUCGACGUGGAGGCUGAUCUCCCUCGGAAAAGGAAGAAGAGGAAGCAACAGCAGGUUGUUGAUUACGAGGAAGAGGCUGCAGAGGUGUUCGAGCUACCGUAUGACGAUCCGAUGGAGGCUGAACCUGCCGUGGAUUCCGGCCUUCCGUCGAACGACAUGACCACAUCAGAAGCGGCGCCUACGACGAUCAAUCGACACGAAGUCGAGUCUAACUGGUCUUCGCUACCCAAAAUCACGGAAGCGUCACAAGUCAAGUCAGGCGUAUUCGUCGGAUGGAAGGAGCUGGGCAUCAAUCCACAAAGCUUCACUCCGGAGAUGCUUCUCAACGUUGGCCGAGUCGUCAGUUGUGAGCAGCAGCUCGUGGUGGAGCGGCACUCCGACCACGCCGCUGAAGUCUCUUUCGGGGGGUUGAUCAUGGCGGAGGAAGGGCAGAACGUUGAGUUGGGGUACGAAUGGACGGAUGUAUUUCAGGGUGAUUGGAGGUUCAUACAGGCGAGGACUACAAGCAUCGCAGCUACAUGAGUAUGUGUGGGCACGGAGGUGGGAAUGGGGAGAUCUAUGGAUAACUUGUGCGAUAUCUACAAGUCCGUGGCAUGGAAAGUACAGUGAGACCGGAGAUACAUGGUACGUAUUCUGACCGAGUAAAAGAGUGACAUGUAUACAUGA